CAGCUGGCAAGCCUAAUUCUUAUUUGAGGGCGUGUGUCAUCUCUUUCGCAGCCUCAUCUUUAUGCCCAAUUUUGUCGACCUCUUGAUGUGGCCUAGGUUUAUCCAACUAAUUUGUAUAUUGCUUAGCAUAGCCCCUGCGAGAGAUUUGCCGCACGUACCCAACCAAUGGCGAAUUUAAACCAGCCGAAGUUAUCGGAUUUCACUGGAUAACCCAACUGCGCAACUGAACAUAUCAAUAUUGCGAAAUUAAUCCACUCUCGGCAUUUCAGCCUUGCAGCUGGAGCUGCGAGGCUUUAGCGCUCCCUAGUACUAGAUGUGGGUUGAUUGUUGUGUAUAUAUUGUCCUUAGUAUCUUCUGGCAUUCAAUAACCCCUUGUCAAAGUCUUGGGAAUAUUUCAAUUCACUGCUACUCACCCUUUUCGCAGUCAAAAUGCAAGAUAUCACCAAACCUAGUCGAGCUCUGCUUCGAUCAACACACAAUGAUGAAGACACUCCCAGCAAUUCAGCAUAUUAUCUCGCCGUCAGCGGAGAUUUGACUCAGCGGUACCUCCGAAUUAUUGAUAUGUCAUGGAUGCAUGCACGCCUUCCGAGGAUCUCACGAGGGCAAUCUUUACUUCCGCUUGCCGAUACUAGACGCAAUCAAGCUCCUCCACCUAUAGCAAGCAUCUCGGUGCCUAAUACUUCCCAAACGUCGAGGCGUAGGAUUCGGCGCGUUCGAAGGCAAGAUGGCUCGGACACUCUAUUCGAGCAACGUGCAACAGACCGCCCACCUGGCCCCCAUGAAAUCCGGAGAAAGGAAUUGGGAGAUUUCUUCAAGCCCAUGUUUGAGAAAGACUUCCAUGUGAUAUUUAUCUGUUGGGGCAGAAAAGAGCGGUGCCAGAUUGUUCCGGUGGUGAUCACUGACCCAACUGAUGAGGUUACCGCGUGGCAAGCAAUUUCCCGGGAGUUUUACGCACAGAGAGGCGUUGGGGCGAAAUAUUUGCCAUGGUUUUGGGUGAAUAAGGUGGAAAUUGUUGAUAUUUCUAUUGCAGGGCAGAAGCUGGCCAAUGAUCAUCGAUCGACAGGCAUUGAAUAUGUUGGUAUAUAUAACAGUGAAGAUUUGGUCGCCAAAAGGAAGCAUUUGGAGCAAGUCAUCGCGGAUUACAAGCCUCAGGAUUGGCCUUGUCCGUAUAAAGCUUCCACGGGGGCCGUGUACUGUCAUGAUGACUGUGUAACAAGCUAUGCGGAUUAUGCAGAAUGCCCUGAGAGGACUAAAUUCCGGGCGGAACGUGAGCUCUCGUUACUCCGUCUUCGGCCUAUAUUUACCCAUUGCUUCUUGAAAGGUGAGAUUGCUGCACACAAUCACCUCCUUAGCAGGGAGAAUUUAAUACAUGGUCAUCAAGAUAUUCUGACAAAACUCAAUGUUUGGCAUUGUCCGGAGUUGGGUGAAGUUCAAUUUCGCGGCUUAAUGAUCGGCGACAAUUGGGAAGGCAAUUUGCAGCAUAUGGUGCUACUUGUGACAGUAAUACUAAUUUUGCUGAGCAUAGCCAUUGCAAGGUUAGUUUUCGAUGACUGGGCUAUAGCAUGGACCGUUGGUGCCUUCUUUGUAGGGUUGUUAAGCUUGUUGCAAAAGGGGAAGAGUUGA